AUGUCAGCAAAGAAAAGACGUUUGAAAAAUGGUGCUAUACCUUCAAAAAAUUUACCGAAUAUUAAAGCCACGUCUAGUGGGCCACGUGCAACGCAAUUGUGCGAUAUUGAAGAUAAUAAGUUAAAAGAACCAAAUAAUUAUGAAAGGGCGCCUUUUAAGAAAAUGUUAAAGGAUGGAGCAAACAACAGCGACUCCCUUGCUGAAUGCCGGGCUUGCCUUCAGUUAUGUUCAGUCGAAGAGCAACACAAUUUGUUUAAAUUCUGGGAUCCACCGUGGGCCGGAAUGCAAAACACUCCAGCAGAGGACUUAUCUAAACUUGCAUGUGUUCAGAUAUCUCAGACAGAUGCACAUUCUAAAAUCCUAUGUCAAAGUUGCUAUAAACAUCUGCAAAAUGCUUGUCAGUUUGUGGAGAUAGUUAAAAAAGCAGAUGAAGUGCUUAGUUUGCGGAUAGGAGUUAAUCCACAUACACCUGAUAGCUGGCCUAAACCUAUACAAGUCGAUAAAAAUGUACCCUACGACAAGGUUCAGAUUAAAGAUGAAAUAUUUUCGGAUGAAGAGACUCAGCAAAUGAAUGAAGAAGAUUUUUCUAAUGUUGAUGUUAAAAUUGAAGCAGAUGAUUGGCCUAGCCAGUCUGUACAUAUAAAUGGUAUAAUAUCUCUUGGUCAGUUAAAUAAAGAAAUGGCUGAAAUUAAUGGAUACCUACCGGAGGUUGAACAAAAUGGCAAAACCAAAGGUUUAACCAGUGAAGGACCAAUAACAAAUGGUGUUGUGAAUUCUAAACAUGAUAAGGCUGAUUCAUUUAAUACUAAUUGCUUAAUUGUUAGAGUUAAGGAAGAACCAGUAAGUGAUGCCGAGUCAGAGACUAAUGCUAGUGACUUGUCAUUAGACUGCAUUUUGUGUUCCAAAACAUUUUUAAGUCUUACAGGACUCAAGGCCCAUGUAAUUGCUCAACACACCUACAAAACGGUCAGAAGAAAAACUAUAGAUGACGCAGAAGAUAACUUGUUAAAUUAUGUUUGUAAAAUUUGUCAAAGAAGAUUUGAGACAUCUACAGAUCUUAUGGUCCAUGAGACUUGCCAUAAUAUGUGUGUGUGCUACGGCUGCAAUACAAGCUUUGAGACAUUUGACCAAUUAUCCCAGCAUAGACGAAGCUGCAAGUCCCUUAAGAAUAGUGAGGUUGGAAAAGUCCUCAAACUUGAGGAUGUUCAAAGAAUGGCAAACAUAGCUCAGAGAAUCCUUGAAGUUAUUACAAAAUUCACAAUAUUUUCCCAAAACUCGGAACAUGGGAACAUUGAUGAGUGUUAUCAAGCUUUGUUGGCAGUGAUUACUCAGAAGGAGGACUCCAUAUGUGACGAUUUGUCUAGUGAUGAUGAUGAUUUAUAUAAUUUGUCAGACUUGGAAUCAGUUGAUGAUACGCUACUGGAAUAUAACAAACAUUUUCUCUCUGAUUUGGAUUUGCAAAAGAAAUCAAGUAAAUUGAUUGAAUCUUCAGUUAUGGAACACAAUGUUACUAGCCAAACUGAUGAUGGCUUCUAUUCAAUGGAACACUCAUUUAAGGCAAUCGGAAAAUUGUUGUCUUAUCCGGUUGUUAAAAUAACACGUCUACAAAGUCCAAUCUUACAAAAUUAUAAAAGUAGUUAUCUAUAUGAUAACCAGUCUGAUACUGCUUCAAGUUAUGAAGAUUUUGAAGAAUUGGAUGAAUUUCUACUAGCUGAGGACUUACUGAUUUCUAUUGAUAAAAGAGCAGAUGGUGUAGAAAAGCAAAUGGCAAAGGAAGAUGAUAAUCAGUUAUCAAACUCAGAAUUUAGCACAUUAAACACUGAAGUUGAUACAAGUAAAGAUUUAUUAUUACAUUCAGAUUUUAAUGACAUUCAUGAGAAAUCAUUAUCAUCUGGUUUCCUCCCGUUAAAUGCAUCAAAUUCUAUCACAGAGGAGGAAAAUAUAGCCAUCUUAGAGUUUGAUGAUGACGACGACGACUUUCAUUCAGACAAUGUGGCUGUUUGUCUGGAUAUACUGGACAAAUAUGUUUCAACUGAAAAUUAUGAAAAUUUUGGAAAGAGUUCUAGUCAGACGUCAUCUAAGGUUGAAUUGAAGUCUUCUUUUGCUUUAAAUGUUGCAAACACAAAUCUGAAUCCAGUGGCUAAUGAUGAAAUAAUAAACCUUAUAGAUGAAAGUAAUGACAUUGACAAUUUAAAAAAACCAUGCAUAGUUCAGCCAAUUUCUGUUAAUAUAAAUACAUCCAUCGGUCAAAUACCUAAAAAGAUCACAACAGGCAUAGCUUCAAGUGCCUUAACAUUGUUUAAUAUCAAUGAACCUCGCGUCAUCCAAAAUGCAUCUAUUACAAAUGCUAAUUUGGUCACAACACCUCUUGGUACAUCCGGUGACAAGACUAUAAAUUACAUGAAAAAUAUUGCCGAGACCUCGUGUGCAUUGAAAAGCAAUAUUAUAAAUGAACAGUGCUCUUCUAUUUCGGCUGUCUUAAAUAAACAAACUGAAACCGGAGAAAUGAAUCUUAGCAAUUUCUACAAAUUACAUGACAACGAAACUCACAAGAUAGAAAAACAUACAAUUAAGAAAAAAGCAUAUGUGAGAGCAACAGAUGUAAACAUUUCUGAAAAUAAUUCUAAGGUGCAAACUGCUAAACUGUCUACAAGUAUUAUAGUUGAAUGUGAGAAUGAUGUUAUUGGCUGUGACAAUGAUAAAGAACCGUCUUCACGUGAACUACCUUCUUCUGUUACUUGUGAUGCUAAUUCUCAAACAUUUGAGCCCUUAAGUUUACCUAGACUUGUUGGAGUUAAUAAUAAAUUUAUAUUUAGAUAUAGAAGUACACGAAAAAUAAGACGUGGAUGUAAAAUGGAUUGCAAAUUUAGUUGUAGGAAGAUUUUUACAUCGCAUCUGCGGUAUAAUAAAUUUAAAGAUUUUUGGAAAAUGGAUCUUAGUGCACAAAGUAAAUUUCUCGACGAUAACGUAGUUAAGAAAGUAUCACGAAAGCUACUACCCAGGAACAGAUUUUUUCUACCUAUCUCUAAUGAGUCGGUGCGUGUAUGUAGAAAAUUUAUCGAAGAUACAUUUUCAAUUUUAAUGCUGAGUUAUAGAAAAGAAUUAAGAAAGUAUAACAUGUCUUUUGAUGAUUAUUAUUCAAACGUAAGAAAAAAAGACACAAAGGUACUUGAUUGUUACAAGAAACAAACUUUGUCUAAAUGUGUAUCUACUAUUCAUAUAUUUAAAGAAAACGAAACAAAUGGCGAUGGAGACACGAAACAAUGGGAUGAUUGCGUCAUAAAGAAAACCAACAAUAUGGCCCAGAGGAACUAUGGUGCCGAAAAGUGUUGCAUUUCUUCCAUACACCGUGAUAUAAAAACAAAUGCGACUAGUGGUGACACACCUAUAGUCCAUUAUAGUAUGAAAAAUGGUCACAAAAAAUUAGUUGAUCAAACAAGGUCCGAAAUCAAUAAACAUAUGAGUGAGCCUAAUUUAAAAAUUUGUUCGAAAAAGAGCAAAUUUGAAAGGGUACCUACACUUCGCAAAAACGAUUCUGCUUCAGGCGCAAGUAAUAUCAAGAAGCGGUAUAGAUUUAAUAACAUAACAAUUAACGUUAGCACUUCAGAUAAAGUUUCAUUUUCUCGAUCAAACCCUUACGUAAAGCUGAUUGAUGUGGGAUUUUACACUCAGUUGCAUUCUUUAGAUGUUCCAGAAACAUCAAGUACAAAUUCAACUCAAACUCAUAGUCAGUUGGUGCAAAACAUUGAUAUUUCAAACUUAUCUUUAGUUCAAAAUGUUGAUCCAUCUCCUAGUUAUCAGUCAGACAAGAACAACUUAUCCUGCCGAAUUGAUACAGAUUUAGAUAUCCCUAAUAAAGAUAGUGACAGCCAAAGUAUUCUAGAAAAUGAAGUAAAAACGAAUUUGCCCCAUUCAUCUUUUGAAGAUUUUCAGACCUCCAAAGAUAUUAAUUGUCAAAGUAUUCUGCAAGAAAAACUAAAAACAGAAAUGGCUCACCCAUCUAAUGAAAAUCAACAGAUUUCUAAUGUUACAAAUGGUCGAACAUUAUUAAAAGGUGAGAUAAAAACAAAAUCUCUACCUUUAGUUAUAGAAGAAUUUCAGGCCUCUGAUGAGAAAAGUAAUAAUUACAGUACUAGUCAUAAUAUCGAAGGUCAGGAUCCCUGUUCAUUUGUCGAAGAUUUGCCGAAAUUAUAUGUAAAAAGUAACAAACAGCCGCUUUUAAAUCAUCCAAAAAUCACAAAUUAUCAAGAUAGUACGUGUCAUAGUCCACGAAACAAUAUUGACGAUCACUUACCCCAUUUACCUACGGAAGAUUCGGUGCCUUCUAAUGACGGAAGUAAUCUUGAAGAAGAAAUAGAGAAUAAGCUGCCUCUUUCAUUUAAUCCCAACCCACAAUGUACCAACGAUGAUAGUAAAUGUAAUGAUAUGCAAAAUCACAUAAUGCGAUUAUCUGGUGAAGAUUUGUCUAAUAAAGAAAGUGAGAAUGAACAAAGUAUGGCGGGUGAAAUUGAACAUAAUGAAGAUAGUAGUUAUCAUAGUGACAGUGCACGAAACAUCAGUGACGAUCACUUACCCCAUUUACCUACGGAAGAUUCGGUGCCGUCUAAUGACGGAAGUAAUGUUGAAGAAGAAAUAGAGAAUAAGCUGCCUCUUUCACUUAAUCCCAACCCACAAUGUACCAACGAUGAUAGUAAAUGUGAUGAUAUGCAAAAUCACAUAAUGCGAUUAUCUGGUGAACAUUUGUCUAAUAAAGCAAGUGGGAAUGAACAAAGUAUGGCGGGUGAAAUUGAACAUAAUGAAGAUAGUAGUUAUCAUAGUGACAGUGCACGAAACAUAAGUGACGAUCACUUACCCCAUUUACCUACGGAAGAUUCGGUGCCGUCUAAUGACGGAAGUAAUGUUGAAGAAGAAAUAGAGAAUAAGCUGCCUCUUUCACUUAAUGCCAACCCACAAUGUACCAACGAUGAUAGUAAAUGUGAUGAUAUGCAAAAUCACAUAAUGCGAUUAUCUGGUGAACAUUUGUCUAAUAAAGCAAGUGGGAAUGAACAAAGUAUGGCGGGUGAAAUUGAACAUAAUGAAGAUAGUAGUUAUCAUAGUGACAGUGCACGAAACAUAAGUGACGAUCACUUACCCCAUUUACCUACGGAAGAUUCGGUGCCGUCUAAUGACGGAAGUAAUCUUGAAGAAGAAAUAGAGAAUACGCUGCCUCUUUCACUUAAUCCCAACCCACAAUGUACCAACGAUGAUAGUAAAUGUAAUGAUAUGCAAAAUCACAUAAUGCGAUUAUCUGGUGAAGAUUUGUCCAAUAAAGAAAGUGAGAAUGAACAAAGUAUAGCGGUUGAAAUUAAACAUAAUGAAGAUAGUAGUUGUCAUAGUAUUAGACAAGAUCAAAUUAAAAAUCACUUGCCUCAUAUAUCUAAUGAAAAUUUGCUGAAGUCCAAUGAUGAAAGUAAUGGACGUAGUAACCUGCCGCUGUCAUCUUAUAUCGAAAUUACAAAUGCUUUCUGUGAAGACUUGUGUGAUUCACAGAUUAAUUAUGGGGAUAGUAAUAGUCAAAAUAUUAUUCAUGCACUUAAUGAUGAUCCACAGACUUACGCUGAAGCUAGUGCAAGGCCUACUAUUGAAGAAGAAACAUCUAUAGAAACUUUGACUCAUCCAUUUCAUGCAGAUUUACAGAUAUGUUAUGAAAAUGAUCCUAAAAUUGCGCAAGCCUUUAACAGAUCCAAUACAUUUGAACAUACUAAUACCAAUCUACAAAUGGGUAACAAAGAUAUAAUAAAACAGCAAAAUGUUAAAACAAAUUUGUCUCAUUUAACAAUUACGAAUUCAUUGACAUAUAACAAAGAUAAUGGUGAAAGUAAUUGUCAUAGUAGUUCAAAUAUUUUAGAAUCGCAGAUUUCCAUUCAUGAGAGUAAUUAUAGUCAAAUGUCAUCUAAAUGUACUGUGCCAGAAAAUACACCAGAAAUCUAUGUUGAAGGUUUAUUUCAUCCUGAAUCCCAAUUAUUGAUUGAUGCUAAAAGAAAUCUUAAACAGCAUUACCAGAAAAAAUCAAAUCAUUUUAAAUUGCAAAGGAUUAUUGGUAAAGGACAUAAGUUUAUAUUUAGGUAUAAAGUAACUAGAAGUCUAAGACCAGGAUGUCAACAUUGUACCUAUAAAUGCACACAGGUUAUAGGAUUUGAUCAGCGACGCGUUCUUUUUGAAAACUUUUGGAAGAUGGACAUCCACGCUCAGACUACUUAUCUUAACGAAAAUGUGUUUCUUAUUAAUCCUAUUUUAGGUUUACAUGAUAUUAAUGAAACACGUAUGAAACGGAAUCAUAAAUUUUUCUUUACUGUGUAUGGUAAACGUUUUCGUGUAUGUAAAAAAUUCUUUUUGAAUACAUUAUCUAUUCUUAUGGCAGAUUUGAAAAAUGAUAGCAGCCGUUUAAAAGUUAUGCGUCAACGUCUUAACCCUUAUGUAAAACUAAUUGAUAUUGGAUUUCAUAAAGAGCCACAACCAGCGAUAGAAGAUGUCUCUUCUGUGUCAAACACAUCUUCAGGGGAAACAUCUGUUUCUGUCUCAUGGAAUGACAGUCUAGAUAGUUACAGCGAAUUAGAGUUGUAUUCACUCCACACUAAAAUAGAACUAUCCAACCAAUUACAUAAUCCACCAAAAAAAUUUAUGUUAGAAGCUAUCAAUGAUAAUGCUUUCCAAAGUAAUUCAUCUGAUUCUCAAUCUCAGUCACCUGUAUAUGCUCAGCUGUCCACUGUAGAUCAGCAUUUUGACAACGAAAUAGUAACCAAUAUCAACUCCUCAAACGUAGAACCAUGCGAUAAAAAUACUCACUUAAUGAAACCUCACGAAAUUAAUAGCAUAGGGCCUUUUAUAACUAAUGUUACACAAGCCGGUAAUAAAGAACAAUCUUUUAAAGCUAUCUUAAAUGAUUGGUCCAAACCCCAAGAUCUAGACAAACAUAAACGAGCGCCUUUUAAAUGUACAACAAAUUCUAAUCAAUAUUCAAAUAAAAAUUGCACACAUACAAUCUAUAUGGAAACUAAAAGUGAUAGUUUCUAUGAAAUAGGUGAUAAAUUAAAAAAUAUGGAUAUCUGCUAUGAAUCUUCUUUAGACAGUGCGAAUACGUCUAUGUUGGAUCUUCGUCAGACGAUUUCAGUGCCUAACUUCCUAGAUUGCGAUAACCAUAUAAAUACAGUGUAUUUUGAUAGCGAAACCUAUGAAAGAAGUGAUACAGAAGAAUUUUCAAAAGAUUCUCAAAUUCAAAAUGAUUCUGCUUUAUCAAGCCUAUCGAGUGCUGGAACUAAUCCUGGUGUCGAAAGCCAAACAGAUAUACAAGAGGAUAAAGUUACUGAUGCACUGCAAUUGUCGACACAGAAAGAAUGUGCAGUAUAUGAAUUGUCAAAAAAUAUCGAUUCCGUUUUUAUUGAAACCGCCCAAGAUAUAAAUAAUGCAAUGAAUCGAUCAGAACGGCAACUAGACCACCGAGAACGUGGAAAUACUAUUCCUACUACUGCUUUAACCGAUUCACUACCUACUUUCACUGAAUCAAUAAAUAAUGGAUCUACAAAGCUAACUAAUUCUGUUUAUGUACUAAAUAAAAUAAAUAUAUCAUCAAUAGAUCAAAAUACUUCUGUAAUAAAUAUAGACGAGGAGAGGUCCCUUGAUACUACUGAGCAACAUACUAAUGUGAUACAAGAUAAUACUUAUUUGAACGAACAACUGCAUCCAAAUCAGGCGAGCGAUACAUCUAACAUUUCUAUGGAAUCCUUUAAAUGCUCGAAUUUAAAUAUUGAAAUUUCAAACCAAACUUAUCAAUCUUCUAGUAAUACGGAUAGCUUAACUACAGAAACUGAUGGUGUAGUCACUCCAAUCCAAGAUAAAAAUAAUUCAAACAAUGGUGUGACUUUACUAUCUGAUUUGGAUGUGCAAAAUCAAAAUUAUCACAAUACAAAGGUUAAUCCCAGCAGCUCGCCAGAAGGAACAUCUUUUACAUAUACAGAUUUUUACAAUUCCAGUUCAGAAGAUCCUGAAUCCAACGAAAUGCAACUAAUUAAUGACAAUAGACUAGAAUCUGAUUAUGCUCAGUUGUCUAACGUCUAUGAACCAACACGUGUAGAAAGUUAUUUAAUUACCAAAGAUACUUAUUAUGGUACUGAGUCCAGUUGUAGCCAAUUUUCUUAUGAUACCCGAUCAACCAUGAAUUGUAGUAAAUCAAGCUUAGACUUUUAUCCCAGUUUUGAUAGCCAGAAUGUCAUUGAAAACGUGGAAUGUGACGUCCCUCAAUCAUUUGAAUCAAUUCUUAACGAUUGGGCUUCUUAG